GGAGGCUACAGGGCGGCCUCCUACCUAACUUCGAGCGGCUGCCUCCGUGUGCGGCCACCGGGCUGAGCGCGGGAAGCGGGCUUCAGUCUGUCCCAGCAGACGAGGUCCGGGGUACGAGAGGCCUCCUACAGCGAGGCCAGGCCUGGAGCCUGGAUUAGGACGGUCGCCAGUCCCUUUGUCUGCCCGCCGCAGCGAAGAGGCGGGGCCGCGCCGGUCCGCCCCGGAAGCGGAAGUGCAGGCACGGCGGGGUCCUGUCCAGUGUGAGCUUGGCCCGUGCGCCCGCAGUUCCUCCCGCCGGUCACAUCGCGCCCUCUCUUCUGCCCGUGUUCCCUCGCCGGCCCCGCCAUGCUGUCUCUAGAUUUUUUGGACGAUGUGCGGCGGAUGAACAAGCGGCAGCUCUAUUAUCAAGUCCUAAAUUUUGGAAUGAUUGUCUCCUCGGCACUAAUGAUCUGGAAGGGGUUAAUGGUCAUAACUGGAAGUGAAAGUCCAAUUGUAGUGGUGCUCAGUGGCAGCAUGGAACCUGCAUUUCAUAGAGGAGAUCUUCUCUUUCUAACAAAUCGAGUUGAAGAUCCCAUACGAGUGGGAGAAAUUGUUGUUUUUAGGAUAGAAGGAAGAGAGAUUCCUAUAGUUCACCGAGUCUUGAAGAUUCACGAAAAGCAAAAUGGACAUAUCAAGUUUUUGACCAAAGGAGAUAAUAAUGCGGUUGAUGACCGAGGCCUCUAUAAACAAGGACAACAUUGGCUAGAGAAAAAAGACGUCGUGGGGAGAGCGAGGGGGUUUGUUCCUUACAUUGGGAUUGUGACGAUCCUCAUGAAUGACUAUCCUAAAUUUAAGUAUGCAGUGCUCUUUUUGCUGGGUUUAUUUGUGCUGGUCCAUCGUGAGUAAGAAGUCUGCCUUGCUGUUUCUGGAAGAUGCUGUACUUUUUGUUACUGAAUAUUUGGAGUAGAUCUCGAUCUGUGGUUGGCGGAACAGAGAACACAUAUUGGCGCUUCUUGGUGGCACUGGUUUGCAUUAGUUUAUGUUUCCACGCCAGAGUAUGUGUGGGCGGGUGCAUGUGCACCACAGCGUGCACGUGAGGGGACUUUCAGUCACAGAAUUUCAUAUGUUGUCAUUGUCACACUUUCACAUUUUUGUACAUCAGUGAAUUUUUUAUAUUAAAAGGUUGAGCCAAAGCCCCCAGUGUUUGUAUUUUGAAGCCAAGCUUCACCUCUAAAGUGCCUACAGAGUUCUGUAAAUGAAAAUGCAGCUCUGCACGAGUCUGAAACUGUCAUUCCUCCUUAUAAUGGGAAUGGCAUAUACUGAGGUGGUCAUAGUCUUAACUUUUCAAAAUUUUAAAUAAAAGACUUUGCAUAUCGAAA